AUGGAAAUUCUUGUGUUGGCGUUUGUGCUGGAAGCCAUCGCGACCUCGUUCGAGCUGAGCAGCGUCGGAAAGGGGCUAAUCGGUAGCGCUAGUUUCUUUGGGAUGCUUGUCGGCGCGGGUUCCUGGUCAAUCUACGCCGACAAACGCGGCCGCAGGACCGCCUUCGUGUCGUCCCUGGCCUGCGUCUUUGUCGGCGGGGUCCUCUCCGCUCUCUCACCGUCUUUUUUCGUUCUCUGCCUGUGCCGAGCGGUCGUCGGCUUCGGAGUAGGAGGUAACUUGCCGGUGACGACCGCGCUCAUCACCGAGUUUCUGCCGACAGACGAUAGGGCUAAUAUUCUUUGUGCAACUGCUGGAAUUUUCUGGGGCAUCGGCAUGAUCUUCGCUUCCCUCUUUGGCCUCAUGCUCGCCAAUGUUCUCGGGCCCGGGAAGGAAGAGGCAAUGUGGCGCUGGUUUCUUGGGGUAGCCGCGCUUCCAUCCGCGAUAGUGGCCGUGGCCUACCGCCUGCUUCCUGAGUCCCCCCGCUUCCUGCAGGUCAUGGGGAGGCACGACGAGGCGAUGCAGGUGCUGGAGCACGUGGCGAGAAUGAAUGGCAGGCUGGACGUACUCGGGUUGGGCUUUUCAGGGCAGGCGGUCGGCGAGGGCGACCCUCUAUACCUUCGGACGGCCGGGUUGUCAGUUGCGGCCGGGAUCGGAGACGCCGCGGCGCACGUUCAGGAAGCGGAGAACGCUGAGGCCGGGGAUGUGCGCGAGCUGUUCCACACUCCCAUCCUUCGAAGGAUCACGCUGUCCCUAUGGGUAGUCUGGUUCACCGUUAAUAUUAGCUAUUUCGGUGUGACCUUCUUGCUGCCGAGGUACUACGACAAGAUCUCGGGCGGGCAAGCGAACUUCGUGUACAUCCUCAGCGCUCUCGUCGGCGCAACGUUCAUCCCGGGCGCGUUCGCGGCCAUGUGGCUGUGCUCGGAGCGUCGUCUCGGUCGCGUGGGUGCUCUCAAGUGGUCGUCCUAUGCCACGGCCGCCGCCGUCAUUCUGCUGGCCACGACCCUGCGUGUAAAGGCCCUCUUUGCUCCGGCGUCGAUCUUGACCCUGUUCAUUACCACCAUCCCUGGGACCGUGAAGUACGUGCUGACGCCGGAGAUUUACUCAACAAAGUACCGGACAGUGGGGUUGGGAAGCACGAGCGUUGUUACGCGCCUCGGAGGCUUGCUGGCACCCGUACUGGCGGAGGUAUUGUACGACAGCUGGGGUCCGGUCGCCCCCUUGCUGGUGUUCGGGCCGAUCAUGAUCAUCACCGGCAUCGCCGCGGGCAUGAUUCCCGUCGAAACGGCCGGGCGACAACUAGACGACGACAGCUGGGACCUCAAAGAACAGGCCAGAGCAACGUUUGCUCGCCUAAAAAUGGAGCUGUCAGCCGCUCCGUGUGGUGCAUAAAAGGGCCGCGGGAACCCUUUUUUUGAUGGCUGUGGGUGGAAGUUUGGGCACGACUGGGCCCUGUUCCUGUAUAUUCACACCUGUUGAUUUGAUCGAUGGUGUACACUGCGGUAUUCCGUUUUGGAGGAACAUCAUAACCGUAUUGAUCGCACGAGGUAUGAGAGAUUGGUUCGCCGAACUUGAGUUGUCAGGAAACGGUGUGUUGGCCGGCACAAUUUAACGUUGUUCAUGUUUAAGCUUGAACAUGAAGUUGUUUCGUGGAACACCCUUCGCCUGUUGUUUCGACCAGCUAUUGCCUCGGAUGUUUUCUCCCGAAAAAUACAUGUCUUGUGCGUUGUUGCCAUGGGUGCUAUGAGGGAGUGGUCGCAGGACGUGCCCAAACGUGUAGCGGGAUUCAACUGCUGGGGUCUGUGCACGUACCAUGAUGGGCCGGAGUCCCCGGCAGGUGGUUUAUUUCUUGGGGCGAGUUGACAUGAUAGGUGGGGCAGGUGCUAUGCGUCCAACGCACUUUGCGAGAUGGCUCGGUUGCUUCUGUAAUCUACAAGUACUAAAAUAUAGCUAUGCGUGUUUCGUUUUUAACCUCGUUCGGACAAUUUUUGCUCUGUGUCAAACUUGUUGAUUUUGUGAAAACACUGCUGUGGGCCGAGUACGUGAAUACCUGUUGGCAAGAAAUAUUCCUCGUGAUAAUUGGUAGUAUUUUGGUUUGCUCCUAUUUUGUUUGUUGCUGAAAACCAUGAAAUGGAGAACUCACUGUGUUGACGAUGACUGGCGCUUGUUAUGUUGUGAUGCAAACGAGCAUGGUAUUUGUUUAUGAUGCGUGAAUUGCAUUGUCCUAAUUUCGUUGGCCUUUUUAUAUGUGUGUUUGGGGUAGGGUAUCCGAAAGAGCGGAAUUGAAUUUCGCAGCUCGAUCCGUGAAAUGGACAAGUUUUGCUGCUCACGCACCAAGUCGUAG